UUGUUCAGCCGCGGGAGGAGGCCUGGUCCCUGGCGCCGGCGCCGACACGCCGCUUAGCGGUGGCCCCUGGAGAGGCUGCCUCCUCUUCCCUCCGCUCCUCCUCCUCCUCCUCCCCCUCUCCCUCCUCCUCCUCUUGGCGGCUAGUGAGUGAGGCUGCCUGGGGGACCCGGGAGCAGCCCUGUCCCCCCGGCGGCUCGGGCCGCGAUGAGGUCGGCCUGAGCCGAGCGCCCGCGCGCCGCCUCCUUUUCCCUUCCUUCCUUCCUCCCUGCCUGCGGCCCCUCGGCCACCCCGCACCUCCUCACUCCCCGACGGCUCCUCGCGCGGGGCCCCGGACCCCCGAGGGAAGAUGGCCGCGGAAGCCGCGCGGAGCUGGCAGGACGCGCUGGCCCAGCAGGCCGAGGAGGGCUCGGCCCCGUUGCGGGAGCUACUGUCGGCCGGCCUCUACCUGCUGCGUACCGAGCUGGGCCUCGACCUGGGACUGGAGCCGCACAGCUACCCGGCCUGGGUGAUCCUGCUGGGCACGGCCGCGCUCGGGCUGCUGCUCCUGCUCCUGCUCGGGCUGGGAUGGGCCGCGGCGUGCGCCGGAGCCCGCCAGAGACGGAGGAGCCCGCCCCGCCGGCGGGAGGAGGCGCCGGCCCCGGCCCCGGUCCCGGAGGACGGAGCCCUGCUGAAGAGUCUCAAGAGCGAGGAUUCGAGGAAGAAGAACCGGAAGAGAGUCGCCGAGAAGCCCAAGCCAAAUGGACGGACUGUGCUUGAAGUGCCAGAGGAGGAAGUGGUCACAGCUCCUCGAAGAGAAGCAGCAAAACAACAGCACCAACAGUUGCCCCAGCAGCAACAGCCCCAGCAGCAGCAGCCUCAGCAGCAGCAGCAGCAGCAGCAGCAGCAGCAGCAGCUAGAUGCAGAAAAGAAAAACGAGAAGUUAAAGAAAAAUAAGAAGAAAUCAAAGUCAGAGGUUAAAGCAGUGCAGAACAGUUCACGCCAUGAUGGAAAGGAAGUUGAUGAAGGAGCCUGGGAAACUAAAGUCAGUAACAGAGAAAAACGGCAGCAGCGUAAGCGCGACAAGGUGCAGCCUGAUACUGGUCCCUUGGAUCCGGCUGUUUCGGGGAUAGAAAGUGCCUAUACAGUAACCACUGAGCAGCUUAUUACACCUUCGUUUCCCGUUGGUUCCAGGAAGAAUAAAGGUGAUUCUCUUCUCAGUGUUCAAGGUAGCAACUUUAAGUCUGGAAAAGGAGAUCUCAGCCUUCAGGGAUUGAACGAAAACCCUACUGUAAAUGGAGGCAGCUGGAAUGAAAAGUCAAUAAAAAUCCCUUCACAGAUCAGUGCAGGUGAGGAGAAAUGGACAUCUGUGUCAUCUGCUUCAGCUGGAAAGAGGAAGAUUGAGCCAUCUAUUUGGGGUCAGGAUACUGGAGAUACUAGUGCAAAUGGAAAAGACUGGGGUGUGUCCCUGGUGGGAAGGACCUGGGGUGAACGUUCAUUAUUCCCUGGCAUUGCUUCUUGGUCUGGUAACGUGGACAGGAGGGUAAAUAAUGCCACUGAGCAGAAUUCUGCUCCCUUUCCAUCUCUGGCAAUCAACACUGCAGUUUCUGGGUCUACCACUGAGGUUUCUCAGUCUUCUGCUUCUGAUUUUCAGUGGGAUGUAAGCCGUAAUCAACCCCAUAUCGAUGAUGAAUGGUCUGGGUUAAAUGGACUUUCAUCUGCUGAUCCCAGCUCCGAUUGGAAUGCUCCAGCUGAAGAGUGGGGGAAUUGGGUAGAUGAAGAGAAGGCUUCAUUUCUGAAAUCCCAAGAGUUAGUACAUGAUGAGAAAUUUUCAGAUGAUGAUAAAGAAAAGGACGACAUGCCUCUUCAGAGUUCUGCAUCUGGUAAAUCUAAAAAGAAGAAAAAGAAAAAGAAGAAGCAAGGUGAAGAAAGUAAUUCUCCUGCACAGGAUACAGAAGAAUUAGAGAAAGAGUUUAGAGAAGAUUACCCAAUGGAGACCUCUAAAGUCCAUCCAAAACAGAAAAAAGCUCUUUCUUUGAAGACCCUGAGCACUAGUGAUCCACCUGAAGUACUCAUCAAAAGUAGCCAGCCUGUUAAGACUCUUCCACUUGCUGUUUCUACCGAGCCAUCUGUAAUUUUAUCACAAAAUGAAUCUGACAAGAUCCCUUCCCAAGUGCCCCAGACGCUACAAGAGACAGCUGUUUCCAAGCCUAAUCUUAAGCAGAAUAGUGUGCCUCCUUCCCAGACCAAGUCUGAAGCUAGCUGGGAAUCUCCCAAACAAGUAAAAAAGAAGAAAAAAGCUAGACGAGAAACGUGAAUGUUUUAUCCUGAAUUGGACAUGUGUUGUGCAGACACUGUCUUGAAGAUUAUGCUGUUUAUGCAAUAAUUUGUGAACAUGUACAGAAUUUUAUAUAAAUUUCAACUGAUUUUUAAAGACAAAACUGCUGUGAAUGCAACCAUCAUUAAAAUGGAAUCAAAGGAAAGUUAAUUUGCAAAAUUAAGAGCUCAGCAGAACAUGCUACAUUGCUGGAAGACACUUAGGAGUCUCUUUUUCAAUUUUAUGAACUAUCUUAAUUUAAGAAUAUAGAUCUCCUGGUUUUACAACAGUGCCCUGUUUACAACAGAUUGUGUUCUGUCUCAUCUGCAGCUGAGGAUUUAGAGGCCUGUUUAGAGAGAGGAUUGGAUAUAAAAUAGUGGAUGUUUUUUGCAUCUUUGAUUCACAGAUUGUCUACCAUUUGAAUUUGCUUCACGUGUAAAUCAAAGUGCUUUGAUUAAUUGCAUAAUCUUCCAUAUUUUGCAUAUUUUUUGGUAGCAAUGUGUAUUAAAGGAGUCACAAGUGCAAAUACAAAAUCAUUUAUUGUCAUUUGUUUAGCUGAGCCAUUACGGUUUAGUUGACAGUUAAAGAAAAAAUGGUUUCAAUUAAAAGAUCAGAAAUACAAUUGACACUUGAGUAUGGGUUCAUGAAGUUAUUUUUGAUAGUCUUAAAUUACUUGAAUUCUUCAAAGUGCAGUAUAUUUUUAAUUAUAUUACAAAAACUCAACUAUGUGUAUAUGGUCUUCUUUCUGUUGUUUCCUUUUAAAAGUUCAUGCUCAUGUUUAAUUGCUCAUUUUUAAUGAUGUGAACUCUUAGUCAAACUCUAAUUCACCUUUUCCUUUUCCCAAGAAAUUAUUUUUACCAGCUUCAGCUUUGUUCUCUUUGUUGCUAAAAUGUCUUUUGACUUUAAAAUUGAAAUCAUUCACACGCUAGUUAUAUAAGACAUCAAAGUUUGAUGGAGAAUGGAAGACUAAAAUCAGACAGCUUUAAUUGACAUUGUCAAGAACUCCAGUUAUCAGGAAUACAUUUUUUUACUGCCUUAACCUGUAGUGUGUAGAAUAUGCAUCUAAAUUUCUUGAGGGGGGAUUAGUGUUUUUAUAAGAAUUUUCAUGUAAGUAUUGCAGUUGUAGUUAAAUAAGGAACAUUUCCCACUUGAAACUGUAUUGAUUUAAAUGAUGUGUGAAAUGUUCCAUUUUCAGGCACUGUGUAAUUAUAUUGUAAUGAACUGGCAGGUAUCUUUGUAUCUAUAAAUAGUGCAUGCUCAGCCAUGUACACUGUAAAUAGCCUUUACCAAAUGUGUUUGACAAGGACCAUAAUUAACAUCCCUUAGUGAAUUGUGAUCAAGAAAAAAAAAAAAGCCAUGAAUUAUUUGAUGGGAUUGGCUUAGUUGUUUUUAUGUGCUCAGAGAAAUUGUUUGUAACAGCUGUAACCAAUGGUACUGAUCCAACCAUCCAAUGUUGUCUUAUUUUACUUGACUGCAGUUUGUUAGUUAUUGAAUGCUAGAAAGGGCGGAGAAACAAAAUGACUUUAGUUUUGCUGAAGAUUGGCCUUCAUCAAUGAACCGCUUUCCUAAUAAUGAUUGCUAACUUUUAUACAGGUGUUAACAUCUGUUUCAGGAACAUGGCAGUAUGUUUACAUGUUCAGAGUUUUGUUUAAUUCAGUGAAAUUUCUAAGUUGAUUUGUUUAAAUAAAUUGAGCAAAUGAUAGCUUUGUUUUGUUUUAUUUUGCUUUAUGGGAGUAAAUAAUAGCUAAUGUGAUGCUGGAUUUUUUAAACAUUAUUUUCUUUGGUUAACUUUAAAUUUAAUAUUUCCUCAAAGACUUAAGGACCCUGGUUUAUCUGCCAGAACUUCUUAUAGCUCUUCCCCAGGGGGAAGAAGGGGAAAGAAAGAGCCUGAGUAAUUAAGAAAUGUGCCAAAAGGUCUUUGUUUAAAAGAAUAUCUUGGGUGUCAGUUAUUGAAAUGUAAACUUAUCAUUUCUGGUAAUAAAUGUCAUUCUUCUAGGCACUCAUCAUCUAAUGGAUUUUAUUUUAUAGUCUCUUUAGUUCUAUGUUUGUAUGUAGAUACUGCAGAGCAAUAUUUAAGUCCAUACUGUUUAUUUUCUUAAUUAAAAAUAUGUUCAUACAACUUAAAUGUUUGAUAAAUCUACAUUUUUUUUACCCAGUACUUCCAUUUGAUUUCAUUAUGGUUGAUGGUUUUGAAGUUUUUGUGUAAAUUCAGUGUAUACAUAGAACUACUUUUCAAAGAGACUUAAAGAAUGCUGUGUCAUGUAAGAUGUUUUGCUUGUUAUCAAUAAAACCUCCUCCUUUUUU